AAAGGAAGACGAGGUCGGCAGGGUCGCACCGCUCCUCCUCUCCUCUCGCUGUUGUUUAUUGGCCCGCCACGGGCGCGGGCGGGCACCGACGCAGCGCCAACGCCGGGAGGAGAGGACAAAAAUAGCAGGAGGCAGAGGGCCAGGGCCAGGCGCGCCACCCCACCCAUGGGCAUGGGCGUCAAGCAGGUCCUCGUCCGCCGCCGCCUGCUCGACGAAGACGAGGACGGCGGCAGCAGCACCGGCAGCGCCCGCGAGGAGGUCCUGCUCGACCACUCGCCCUCGCCGCCACCAAUGUCGUCCUGCGGCCGUUACCUCCUGCACCGCGUCUGCAGGUUCGACACCCUCGCCGGCGUCGCCAUCAAGUACGGCGUCGAGGUGACCGAUGUCAAGCGCGCCAACGGCCUCACCACCGACCUGCAGAUGUUCGCGCACAAGACGCUCCGGGUUCCGCUCCACGGCAGGCACCCGCCCGCCGCCGCUGCCACUUCUCCUCCCUCCUCUUCCCCCGAUCGAUAUCGCGCCAGAGAAUGGACUAUGCGUCGCCCACCCAAAAAUGCUGCUUCUUUGGAUCCAUUUCUUAAACCACCGCGGAGCACAGUUUCGCCGUCCAUGAGCCUCUUGCAGGGAUACUAUGGCCUCACACCAACUCCAAAGGAGAACCCUACCAAUGAAGGUACUGAAAUGACGACGUACAUUAGAGGUCAUCAUAGGAAAGCUAGAAGCUUAUUUAGCAGCUUCGCUCUUGAGAAUGGAGAUGCAAAUAGGGAGACUGAUGAUGCUGAAAAGCCCAUAAGGCGGCGCCAGAAAGCCGAUGUUGAGCUGACAGCAAGGGAGGACAAUGGCGGUAGCCUGUUGGCGAGGACCGGGCAGGGUUUGGCCAUGAGGCCAAAGUCUGGCAGUCGGGCAGAUAUGAACAGUAGCCAGCAAGAUCUCUUGGUGACGUGGAUGCCUUCGUAUGGGGACGGAUUGCACGCUGUGAAGAAAUCAUCGAGCACUCCGGAGUUCCAAGAUUCAGAUAGCAUCAGCAUUGCGUCGGUAUGGUUGAAGAGCAAGUGGAACCUGAAACCAGAUGCGUUCACCCUCACACUUCCUCUCCCGCUGUUCGACGGCAUCCCGAAGCCUCUCUUCGACAGCAUUCCGAAUUCGAUUGCUGCUUGGAGAAACAAGGCUGCCAAAGAUUAGUGAGGUUCAUAGCUUUGUUACUACAUGCCUUAAACUUAUUGGUUGUUUUUUUGGUAUCUUAGUGGAGGUGCAGGAAGGGCCUGGAAGAGUUGGUUCAUACUGUACCUCCUGAGUCCCCGGCCACACAAGGGACGAUGGAUGCUGCUGCAAUGGCAUGAUGGAUACAGUGACACAUAGCUCCCACAUACAUACUGUACUGAAUCUGCUGUGCCAAGCCGGCGGCGGCAGCAGAUGUUUCGUCGUUAUAAGUUAAAGUUGAGAGUUGAGCCUUGUGGGGUAUUCUUUUGUAUACAUAUAGGAAAGAAGGUAAACGCCAAGCAGCAUGUGUAUUGGCCCUAUGCACAAAUAAAAAAAUGGCUUUAUCUCAAAAAAAAUAAAGAAAUGGCUUUGUUCAUUCCA